AGGCAGACGGCGAUGUCAUUUGUUUGACGCAAAUGAAAAAAACAAGCAAAGCCGAAGCGCUGCCGCCGUUCGGUUGAUGUGGGCAAAGAGCGACAGCGAUGAUGACCCAGUUGCAUUCUUUGUCCGGAGACUGGGUCUGACCCCAACUCUCAUUCUCUUUCUACCAGUUUUAUCUGCGAAAUUUACGAAUCCGAGCGCGCCCACGCUUGCAGGUCUGCUCGAUUUUCACUGGCUGAUAAUACAAAUUCAUAGUAAAAAGCGGCAGGAAACAGAAGGGAAAGAAAGCUCCUCCCUCCCCCUCUCUCUCCUCCUCUCUCUCUCCCUCUCUCUGCUUCAGGGGGCUUUAGACGACCGAGAUCCGACGACCCUUUUCAGGCUGGCCCAGAGUGCGGUCACCGCGUCUGUCGAUCUGGUGAAUACGAGGAACCCAUCCCUCUCAUGCUUUUGUGUUGCUUCUUCGGAAUUGCGGAAUUUUUACGGCAGGUCCGAUUGAUGUUGCGUAUGAUAGAAGUUUGGAGAAUCUCGAGGACUUGGAUUUGUUUGAGCAGAUCUUUAUGGUUUUCAGAUAAAACUGGGUGGGGUUGCUUCUGAUUGGAUAGGAUUGUUUCUUUGUCGUGGUAGGUUGUAGAUAGGCAGCUAGUCUUCAUCUGGGGAGCCAUUCUUUUACAUUUUCGAAUCGGAAUACUUUGUCGAACUAAAGGUUGAUUUGACUAAUUGAAGUCGUUUUUGAGCGGUAAAGUUGAUAUGGGGAAUGGUAGCCUGCUACAUUGAAAGAAAACUUUGAUGAGGAUGAUGGCUUUGCUAGUUGUGGAUCUUGUUAACUGAACGAAGAAUAUAUCGGUUUUUGAAAGUGUAUUGUGUUUGAGAAGCUCUUCACAAAUCCGAGAAGUUUUGGAUCGAAAAUAGGAGUUCUGAGUCGUUAUAUUAGUGUUUGUGAAUUUAGUGACUGGGAAGAAUCUGGUUAUUGGUCAAAGAGAGAAUUUGGUUGCUGAAGAGGAAAUAUUUGGCCGCAGUUCCAUAUGCUGUAAUUCAAAUGGCAUCUUUUAGACGACCGACGUCUCUUCUCCCUCGAGAUGCAGUGGCUCAAAACGGGGAGGAAACCUUACAUGUUCUGCCAUCUCAGAAGUUGUCGGGUGCUCAGGCCAGUCCUCCUUCUGGGGGAAUAGCAGCCGUCCUUCUAAGUUUGUCCAGAAUUUUCUGUUUUGCGAUUGGUUUCUGCUUGCAGAGAUCGAAUAGGAGCCUGGAGAGGACGAAAUCCAAAGGGCUUUCUUGGAAGAGGGCUUUCUUUCAUUUUUUGUUAUGUUUUAUAUGUGGUCUCUUAAUUGGGUUUACUCCCUUCGUUACAGUGGAUUUCUCCUCCAAUCUUGAGUUGGAACAUCAAACACUCCCAUUAGAUUACCCAAUCAGAGAUUCAGCUCAAGUUGAGAACUUAACAGCUAGCAUAGUCUCUAAAAAUGACACUGUUGAUCUGGAGCGGAAACUUAGUCAAGAGAUAAAAGAUGGGAGUGCAGAAACUGUUAUCUCAGAAGUUAACGUCGAUGAAGGUCGGAAGUUGUUGAUAGUUGUAACUCCAACAUACAAUCGUGCUUUUCAAGCAUACUAUUUGAACCGCUUGGCUCAUACGCUAAGACUUGUCCCUCCUCCUCUGCUCUGGAUUGUAGUAGAAGCAUCUGCACAGUCUCCUGAGACUGCUAACCUCCUGAGGAAAACCGGAGUAAUGUAUCGACAUCUUUUUGCUGACAAGAAUAAUACAAGCGUGAAUGAUAGAGGUGUGCACCAGAGAAAUGUUGCUCUUGCUCAUAUUGAAAAGCACCGUUUGGAUGGGAUCGUGUACCUCGCCGAUGAUGAUAACAUGUACUCUAAGGAUCUUUUUCAACAAAUGAGGAACAUAAGCCGGUUUGGCGCCUGGCCUGUUGCCAUGCUUAUGAAAAGCAAAAACGAGGCUGUAUUGGAGGGACCCGUUUGCCGGGGAAAGCAAGUUAUUGGGUGGCAUACAAGUUUAAGAAGCAAGAACAUUCGGAGGUUCCAUGUUGACAUGUCUGGUUUUGCCUUUAAUAGUACCAUACUUUGGGACCCAAAAAGGUGGAAGCGACCUACUGUUGAGCCAAUUAGGCAGCUGGAUGCAGCGAAGGAGGGUUUGAAGGAAUCAUCAUUUAUAGAACAAGUAGUUGAGGAUGAAAGUCAAAUGGAAGGUGUACUAGAUGGAUGCUCAAGAAUCAUGGCUUGGAAUCUACAUCUGGAAGCACCAGAACUGCCUUUUCCUCGCGGCUGGACCAUGCGAAAAUAUCUGGACAUGGUUUCUCCUCUAAAGUAGCUCCUUUUAUGCAUGUGGAACACAUCAAUGAUAAGGUACAAUUCUGUUCUUCCUCGUGUCUGCUGAUGUACGAGAGAAAUCUGUCAAAUUUUGCUGGAGUCUAAUCCACUAUGAUCUGUCAGCAUUGCUGCCUCCUUCACCACAACUGGUUUGCACAAUAGCAGCCUCACUGUCUCACUCAUGUACUUAUCAUCUGGCCUGGGCAUAAGUUCAAGGCGGUUGAGCUCCAUUUUGUUCUUUUCUUUUCAAUUUUUGCUGUUAGGCAGAUUUUUCUGUUCCUAAUGUUGUGUAAAUUAAUUUGAGUGUCGUCAUUCAUACAUCCUGUAGAUCUUCAAACACAGAACUAGUCCUUGUUUGCCUGUCCAAAUACCUCAAUCCAUCUGUUUAGAAGAUCCCAGGAUACCUUAGCUUGAAAAAUGUAGCGUACCCUUUGGUCCCUUUCUUGGUUGUGAAUGAGAAAAUCAAUUAAAUCA